AUGUCGUCUCUCCAAAAGGAGCAACCCACCACUCAAGAUGAAGUUACAGCCCCUCCAGUAUCCACAAACAAUAGGAAACGUCGCGUGAUACUCGAUGAAUUCAAUUUGGACAUGGUGAUCAAAAUCAUAUCUUCAAAUAUUGUAUCGCCGAUCUUUGUCAUUUUCUUACCAAUCAUUCUUCUAUCUCAAACCUCAUCUUCUCAUCCUGCAUUUAUCGGAUCCUGUAUAUGGACAGGAUUGAUCGUCCUCUUAGGUAUAUGCAAUCGAGUCGAUCGGGUGUAUAAAUCAGGUGGGAACUGUUUAUCCUACAAUGAGAAGUUGAAUUGGGACGAACAGAUUGUUUUGAUUACUGGAGGUGGAUCAGGCAUAGGAGCACUGUUAGCCGAAACUUUAGCUAUGAGGAACGUAUCAGUAGUAGUAUUGACUAAAGAUCCACCGAAAAUUCAAACAGAAAAUACGAAUAUAUAUACGUAUAUAUGUGAUGUAUCGGACUACAAGAAUGUUCAAACCAUCGCUGCGAAAGUGAGAGAAGAGGUGGGAGAUCCAACGAUAAUAAUCAAUAACGCAGGAGUGGUUAAAGGUAAAUUGCUACUAGACCUAACAGAGCAAGAUGUGAGAGAUACUUUCGGAUCAAAUGCAUUAGCCCAUUUUUGGAUAUUGAAAGAAUACCUUCCUGCAAUACUGAAAAGAGGUAAAGGUCAUAUCGUCACUGUGUCAAGUGUUAUGGGUAUAGUAGGAGCUGCACAAAUGACCGAUUAUUGCGCUAGUAAAGCUGCUUUGAUAAGCUUGAAUCAAUCAUUAAGAUUCGAAUUGGAUAAUCGUUACAAAACACCUUUGAUCCGUACAACAUUGAUCUUACCUUCAUUCAUCCAAACUGAAUUAUUCUCAAAAACGAUUUUCCCAAAUUCGUAUUUAUUCAAAUUCUUUUGUCCACCUUUACAACCCAAUCAAAUUGUAAAAUCGAUCGUCCAUUCAUUAGAUGAAAACGUUUCUUCAACUAUCCGAUUACCGUUUUAUACCAAUGCAGCUAGAUUCCUGGGCGAAGGAUUCGGUUUCAUCCCUUGUUGGUUAAGAGAUACUAUACAACAUAUCGCAGGUGCGGAUCAUGCAAUGAGACAUUAUGGUCCAAGACCUGAUGCAGCUGAGAAAUUACAAUUGGAAAGAGAACGGCUCAGAGCAGAUAAAGCCAAAUGA